AUGAUUACCAACCAAGACUUGUAUUCUUCGGCCGAACCACUCAUCUUCCAGAGAGCUGAUUAUCAAAAUAUCGAUCAACUUGCCGCAUUCGCAUCAUCAAUGAUUUAUGUAAUGUGGCACUGUCGUAAAAGCACGAACCUGACUUGUCCUGGAGGCUAUUUGACCUCCUUUUCGUAUGGUGGUAAAUCCACUUCUUCCUUUCGGUGGUUUUGCUCUUAUGUUUUCAAAGCCAUGGCCAUUAGUGAGUCGGCUGUUUAUCUCAGCCUUAAAUAUGUGGCCUUAUUAUUACGGCUGAAUCCAGCGAUGGAAGGAUCUGAAGGAUCUGAAUAUCGAGUAUUCGUUGUUGCAUUGAUACUGGCUUGUAAAUUCCUUGAUGACGUUACCUUUGUUAACACUACGUGGUCGGAAGUCAGUGGCAUGACGUUAACCAGCCUGAACCAAAUGGAAGCCGAGUUUUUGCAAGGUAUCAAUUAUCGAUUGUUUAUCAAAAGUCAAGAUUACAAUCAAUGGAAAACUUUGGCAGAUGAAUGUCGUGACAGAUUAUCUUGUUAUGGCUUACCCACGACAACAUCCGAACAAGAAAAAACUGUGCUCAGUGUCUUGUACACCAUUGGUUUGCGGCCUCUGCAACCACUUGUACCCGUAGCAACAAAACCUGUAGCACCACCACAACCAACACCCGCAGGAGCAGCAGGAUAUUCGAACCAUAGUCGUGAUAUCUGUUAUAAUGAAAUCGAUGCUGCUAUAAUUAAGCAGUAUCAGAAUUCUUAUAUUGUAUAUCGACACUUCAUGCAAUCUGCGUCGAAUCAUGUCAACAGCCGCGACCAUCCCAUUCAACAGCAGCAUCUUGAAGAUUACACAGGAUGUCACAUUACGAAUCUUUCAGGAUCAACAUGGGAUCCUUUGUAUUAUAGUAUUUAUGGUUCGAAUAACAACAACUAUAAACAACCUAUCCCUUGGCCCAAUGCGUAA